AUGGAAGCAGCGUUCAAAGUGCUCCCUCUUGCCUUCCCCAAAGGCAAGGAGCAGUUUUGUGAAAUUUGUCAAAGAGAGGCGAACCUGCAGUGCACCAAGUGUCGGGUAACUUUUUACUGUGAUUCAGAGCACCAGCAGGCCGACUGGGUGGGGAUCCACGAGAGGAUUUGUCAGAUGCUUGUUCCCAUUCGCACCCCGUCGCUUAAGCAGUCCAGGCGCAAGGAAAAACAGCUGAUGAAGGUGAAGGCAGAACUGAUUGAGAUCUGCAGGAAUACAGCACAGAGCAAGCUUUCUCAGGGCAAACAUUUCGAGGCUCUACCCGCCGCCCAGUUCUGCCUGCGCUGCUGUAUUGACGUCCACGGCCCCAACACAAUCCAGCUGGUGCCUGCCUACCUGCUGCUGGCCGAGACCAACAUGGGUCUGGGUAACCUGGCGCUCGUUGCAGACCUGCUCUCCCAGGCCGAGUGGGCGAUUUUGAAGAGUCCAGAAUGCGACCGCUCACUCCGCCAGCGCUUACACAGGAGCCUAGGCCGCCUCCACACAGCAACUGGAAACCUGGAAGCUGCUCUGUUCCACUUUGCUAAUGAUAUAUAUUAUGCAAGCGAGGAGUUUGGUGUGGACAGUACAGUCGUAUGUUAUGGCUACUUUCUGAUGGCCGACGCAUUCAUCAAACAGGGGAAGAUGGCCAUUGUUCAUUCCUUAUACACUGAGGUGGCCUUUACUUGGCACCGCCAUCUCACCAAACUCCUUGAGACUCACUUACAGAGUAUCAGAAAUCCUGCCAUGUUGGACUCCUCUUUCGACUAUUCCCAACCAAGUGAAGUGGAUGAGAUGUUCAGGGUCAUAUUGGAGUUUGAGCAGAAGUCUUCCAGAAGAGGCUCUUCUCUGAUUGCGCAUGUGGCCCACUGUCUUUCCAUGCUGUGGUUCGUGAGAGGUGAUCCCCUUAAGGUUUUCGGAUUUGGCACCACGGCCCUGAAAGCCAGCCAGCUGACACCAGAGCAUGACCUGGCGGAGCCCAUCCAAGGCCUGCUGCAGCUGGUGCAGGAUCCACAGGCACAUCCUCGAUCUGGUCCCAGCUAG